AUGUCCCAGAAGACUCGAUCAACCGCUCCGCGGGCGAGCGGCGCUCAAGCCAAGGUUCCCGAAGCUCGCAGAAAGAGCAUGGUCGAAAACAGCGCCGGAAGCAAAGUUCGCAGCGUCAGCAAGGACAACAGGGCCUCCAACCGUCGUGAGAGCGUCAAUCCUCCCGUUCAGAACGCGAGCAAGAGAAGCUCCAGCCAACACGAGAGCAGGAAAGUGCCGGCCCCGCAGGAGACCAACAAGAAGCCACCCGGCCAUCGGGAUGCCAGGUCCACAUCGAGGCAGCCAGAGGUCAGGAAGUCGAACCUCCAACCCGACGGCAAGGCGGUGCCCAGUCGACACGACGGUAAGGCGACCGCGGCCAAUCCGAAGACAUCUUCGCGACCAGCCGCCGGCGUGUCGAAAAACAAGGACGCCCUUACGUCGCGCCUGUCAAACGCUGGCGCGAAGUCACCGAGCCGGGGAAGUAAGGUUACGGCUGAAUCGAGUGGCCAGAGACAUUCGCGGAGCAACGAGAAAGAACGAGAACUGGAGAAGGUCGCAGCGACGUCGUCAUCGAGUGGUGUCUCGGAAAAACGCCCUAAGACAACACACCGCGCAAAGACGAAGGCAACAGACCGGCCUCCUGGUGGCAGCGCUGAGGCUAAGCAAGGUCACGAGGCUGAGUCAGAAGGUUCAUCGCCAGUGACAUCCAGCACAAAACGGUCCUCGCACGCCAGCAAAGUUGAAAAGCCAGAGGAACGCAAGAAAGAACACAAAAGUCCCUACGACAAGGGGGCCACGUCUCACAAGACGGCAAAAGCUGCGCCACAGAAAUAUGCCGCUUCGGAGAAGAAUAAGGACAGCCAGCCUCGGCCACGCUCUAUAGCGAUGCACCUCAGAGCCAACACUGCCCGCUUUGAUUACGAGUCUGACUUCGAGAAUGACGAUGGCGUCGAUGACGAGAGCAGUGCGAGCAGCGCCAUCACUGAUAGCAGCAGCAGCGGAAGCGCCCCCGCAAGUGGAAACGAUGAGGCGCCCUCUAGCAAGGAUGCAUUCCGACCAACUAGUGACCGACUGCUGGCGCAGGAGCACAGCGAAGUCACUUCAGAGCAGAAGCUCAAGGAGCAGUCCCACUGGAAAUCCGAGCCCGUUCUCGAAGUCGAAGCGAAGCCACCUGCUCCGCUGAUGCCAACUUCCUUCUCGACGUACAGUCUGGUCAGCUACCUGACCGCACAGAAGAAAGAGGAAGAGAAGAAACAGCGGGCUAAGGACGUCUUGGAGAUGGUCUCCCUGGACACCAUGACGUACCAGGUGUUCGACGUUCCACCAAUCACCUACGACGUCUACAUUUCGACAUUUGGCCGGGCCGACGCCAAACAGGUGUUGAUCCAAACCGACCUAGGCGAUGAAGAAGAGUGCCAAACUGAUGCCAUCGAAUGUGAGGACAAAUGGACUCAACAGCCUCCUCACGACUACAAGGGUUUCGGCGGAGGAAAAGCAGACGGAGCCCUAAUUGAUAACGGCACACGGCGCUUGCAAAGUGGCGAAGACAUGGUGAACCUUUUGGACUUUCUGAGAAACUCGUCUGAUCUCAUGCUUCGCGUUAUCGAGGAAGACAGGGCCUGCGAAACCCGGCGAAACCUGAAGCGGGUAUCGGAGGUGGACGGCUUCAGCGACGGUUUCUUGCAGCUAGAUCCCGUCCGCUUUGCCAAAGGCUGUCCGAUCAACUUCGUUCGCUUCUCACGACCCUGUCCAAACUACUUGGUCACAAGCCACGACCUCACGUCUAUGACAGAAGAGGUCCGUGCAAGUAUUCCUGGCGACACGGUCCUUUGCGUGUGGAACCUGAACAGCCCUGCGACACCGACAGACGUGCUCAUAUCAAAUUGCCAGGUGACUUGCUGCCAGUGGUCGCCUCUCGACGCCACGUCCCUGGUCACAGGAUCGCUGGACGGCUCGGUCGAAUUGUGGGACCUAAGAGAUAAAUUCUGCCUUUCUAAGAGCGUUGUCACCAACGAAGAUGGCCCAGAAUCCCAAGCGUACACCCUGAAGAUGCCUGCGUAUUCUACAGCGUCCCUCUUCGAGACGGACUGCCACUUCGCCAAGAUCGUGGACGUCUGUUGCUGGACACAAGGCGAAAUGGGCCUCGUCUGCGGGCUGCGGCCACCACGGGACCGGGAGUUGAAACUCGGCGGCCAGAUCAAUAACUUGUGGUAUGACACGCGAGAUUGUCCACUGAACCGAAGUGUUAACAUUGACGCAGUUCCGUCAGAAGGCGGCUACAACGUCUGGAGCCUGGACGAAGAAGGCACGCUGGUCUCGUGGGCUGUGACCGCUGUCAAGAGCGAGCCCGAGGGAUCGAUGUCGGACCUGGGACUCGCACCCGGGGCCACGCUCAAACUCGUCCGUGCAGCGGUGUUCCUGGUGCCGAACUUCCUGCCGCCGUCGUACGAGGAGGCACGCGACGGCCUGAGGACCUUCGGAGCGGCUCAGCUGAGCGCCACGCGCGUUCUGGUUACCACGGACAUUGGAGUGGUCGUUCACUUGGACUUGUACAAGGCGAGGACGUCACCGAAGGUGUUCAAGCCGAAGCAGCAGCCUUGGGCGGCCCAGGAGUGCUGUAUUGCAUUGUCGCCACAUCACCGGUCCUUCUUCCUCGUUGCGAGCAGGAGUGGCGCUCUGAGACUGCACUUCCUCGAGUACGAGCAAGCCGUAUGGGAGUGGGACCCGCUGGAGAGAACGGAAACUGGAGCGCUCCUCUGGAGCCCCUGCGCCCCGACGCAGUUCCACGUCACCACUGCGGCUGGAGAGGUGGCCACCUGGCACUUGUCGACGAGAAGCGAUGGCCCCACACGAGUCGCCACGUUUCCCUCUUCCAGAGUCUUGGCAAUGGACGCGGAUGGAACGGCUGCGUCGAAAACAUCCGAGCAUUGCUUGGCAUUGGCCAUGGACGACGGCGUAGUGCAAGUGCAUCUGAUGGGGCCCGCGGACAGCAGUCACCAGCUGAGUCGCGACCAGAUCCAGGAGAAGCUACUGAACCUGUAGAAAUUAAUAAAACA